UGUUGGUCCAAGAUGGCUUUUUGGGCUCAAGAUGGCCCAUCAUCUGAUCCAUAGACGUGCAACUACCUCCCGCCAAAGUGUAGAGUUUGAAAAUAAUGGUCUGAUACCAAUGGUGCGAGAUUUCAAAAUGCGUUUCAGAAGAUUGCACAGCAUUUGUUCGCGUUCACUACUAAACGAACCGGCGAGUCAUCUCAGAGCAGAAUUACCACGCAGAAAAAGUCCCAAGUUACCCAGCUGUAAACCACCGGCGAAGGCAGAAAAAGUCAGUAGCUCGGACAUAGUGCAAUGGAACAGGACCAUCACCCAACACAUGCGACAAGGAGAAUGCGAUUCCGCACUGCGCUUAUUUAAUUCCAUGCCUGCCAAGUCCUAUGUAUCCUGGAAUGCAAUGAUAUCUGGUUACUUGUUGAACGGCAGAUUGGACAUCGCUCAGCAGUUGUUUGAUGAAAUGCCUCAAAGAGACUUGGUAUCCUGGAACAUUAUGCUUAGUGGGUAUAUCAAGAGUAAGAAUUUUGGGGCAGCUAAGAUGUUGUUUAAUCAAAUGCUUGUUAAAGACGUAGUUUCGUGGAAUGCGUUGCUUUCUGGGUAUGCCCAGAAUGGGUACAUUGCUGAUGCUAAAAGGAUCUUUGACAUGAUGCCUGUGAAGAAUGAAAUAUCGUGGAAUGGACUUCUGGCUACGUAUGUUCAGAAUGGGAGGAUUGAGGAGGCGAGGAAAUUGUUUGAGUCAAAGGACAAUUGGCCACUGGUUUCUUGGAAUUGCUUGUUGGGCGGGUAUUUGAAGAAGCAUUUAUUGGCUGAGGCAAGGGUGCUUUUUGAUAGAAUGCCUGUUAAGGAUCAGGUCUCAUGGAACACAAUAAUUUCUUGUCAUGCCCAGAAUGAUAAUUUGGAGGAAGCGAGGAAGUUGUUCGAUGAGUCCCCUAUUAGGGACGUGUUUACCUGGACUUCAAUGCUUUCUGGUUAUGUACAGAAUGGGAUGGUAGAUGAGGCUAGGAGGAUUUUUGAUGAGAUGCCAGAGAAAAAUGAGGUCUCGUGGAAUGCAAUGAUUGCAGGAUAUGUGCAGUCUAAGAGGAUGGACUUGGCAAGGGAAUUCUUUGAGGCAAUGCCUUGUAAGAACGUUAGCUCUUGGAACACAAUGAUAACAGGUUAUGCUCAAAAUGGGGAUAUUGUGAGUGCCAGAAGUUUAUUUCAUUGUAUGCCUUGUCGUGAUUGCAUCUCUUGGGCAGCAAUUAUUGCCGGAUAUGCUCAAAGUGGCAAUAGUGAGGAGGCAUUGCGCAUGUUUGUGGAAAUGAAGAGAGAUGGCGGGAGGAUAAAUAGGUCCGCAUUUACUUGCGCUUUGAGUACAUGUGCUGACACUGCUGCUUUCGAGUUAGGAAAGCAAAUACAUGGACUGCUUGUCAAGGCUGGAUAUCACACUGGUUGCUACGUGGGAAAUGCGCUCCUAGCAAUGUAUUGUAAGUGUGGAAGCAUUGAUGAGCCGUAUGAUGUGUUCGAGGAAAUAGAGGAAAAAGAUGUUGUCUCUUGGAAUACAAUGAUCGUUGGUUAUGCAAGGCAUGGUUUUGGCAAACAAGCUCUUCAACUAUUCAAAUCAAUGAAAGAAGCGGGUUUCAAACCUGAUGAUGUCACCAUGGUUGGUGUAUUGUCUGCUUGUGGCCAUACUGGCCUGAUUGACAAGGGCAUGGAAUACUUUUACUCAAUGGGUCGCGAUUAUGGAAUAACUGCAAACCCGAAACACUACACUUGCAUGAUUGACCUUCUGGGACGAGCUGGGCGCCUGAAUGAUGCUCAAAAUCUAAUGAAGGACAUGCCUUGUGAACCAGAUGCAGCAACUUGGGGUGCUCUCCUUGGGGCAAGUAGGAUCCAUGGAAAUACUGAAUUAGGAGAAAAGGCUGCUGAAAUGAUUUUCAGUUUAGAGCCUUGGAAUGCAGGGAUGUAUGUCCUUCUCUCAAAUUUAUAUGCAGCUUCUGGUAGAUGGCGUGAUGUUAGCAAGAUGAGAUUAAAAAUGAGGGAUACAGGUGUAAGGAAAAUGCCUGGUUACAGCUGGGUUGAGUUGCAAAAUCAGAUUCAUCUUUUUUCAGUUGGGGAUACCAUGCAUCCAGACAGUAAAAGAAUAUAUGCUUUCUUGGAAGAGUUAGAGUUACUAAUGAAGCAGGAGGGUUAUGUCUCUGCCACGAAAUUGGUCUUGCAUGAUGUGGAUGAAGAGGAGAAGGCACACAUGCUCAAGUAUCAUAGCGAAAAAUUAGCCGUUGCUUUUGCAAUUCUAAACGUACCAUCUGGGAGACCAAUUCGUGUGAUGAAAAAUUUAAGGGUUUGUGGAGAUUGUCAUACUGCUAUCAAGAUCAUAUCAAAGAUUGUGGGUAGAUUGAUAAUCAUUCGGGAUAAUAACCGUUUUCAUCACUUCAGUGGAGGUGUUUGUACCUGUGGAGACUAUUGGUAGUACUGGAGUGUGAAAGUUUACCAGUAGAUUUCAGCGGCUGUAAUAUUUUCUAUUGCGCUGGCCAUAAGGCCAUCUCCAUACAUGUUGAGAAUAUAUAGUUAAUGCACACGGGGAAGCAAAGUGCAAGCACUUGUUUUUAGUUCUUCUAUCCAGGAGACAUGAGAAACUUUUUAUCUGAAGCAACUGCGCAGCAGAGGGGAAACUCCUUUCUUAUUAUUUGGUGCGUACAAUCUGUAUCUCCUCAUUGAUGUUGGUAGAAAGGAGAUGUGCUGAGAUAUAUGGUCCAUCAUCCUUGCACUUAAGCAUCAUAGAACAAAAAGAGGAGGAAUAGUUGCCUUAAGUUUAUCAGAGAUCUGACAGGAAGAAAAGAAUCAGGUGAAUGUGUAGGAGGGGUUGAGCAGUUGUUCCUUUCACAUAAAUCGAGUACCACUUUUGAAGUACUGAAUCUUUGUUCCUCUGUUCUCUGGCUGAUAGAUUCUUGACAGGCCUAAUCUAUGCAUCUCUGUCUGGCCCAAAUGUAUGACAGUGACUGUUCAUUGUGUAUCAUAAACCAGAAAAUUGAUCUAUACUAAGCUCCACUGAUUGAUUUCCUACUUCUUUGAGCACCACUAGCUAAGUGGCAAUGAUGUUGUUGUGGCUCAGUGACGGCCCUCUCUUCAAAUUCUGCUUACUAACAGAAUUUCUGCUGUCUAAGAUUACUUUUGCCCUAAGUAAACCUAAUCUGCAGCCAUGAGACAAGUAAUGGUACAUCUUUUCAGGAUCAGCUGAGGUGGACAUUUGUUGGAUGACUAGACAAUCACCAUACUCAGUUGUCAUUGGUACUGGUAUCCUUCUGAGUUUUGAAAGCAAAAGAUAAAGAAAUUUCCUUCAUCCUAAAUUUCUCUUCCUUAUGAUCAAUUGUUCGGGUGAGAGUCACUUAGGAUAUUUAUUGUCACUCUAUUGAAAGCAGAGAUUGAACAGUCUCUGUAAUUUGUGAUGUUUGUGUUUCUAAACUAGUUACAUUCAGUUUCAGGAAGAAAAGAGUAAGAAAUCGACAGACUGAUCAAAAUGGUGGAAAAAGCCACAUUGCCUGAAGAUAGAAAAUACUUUGAUCAGGUAAGUGAAUCUGAUGGGAAGUGUUUUGGAUAUGGAUUUGAACAUAUAUCUGCUCAAGCCACUUUUUUUCCACUCGGAAUAGUAUCAUUUAUCCUGACAUAGUAAGGCAGGAUAGCAGUCAAGGGGAUGCUGGGAUGGACCAACUCUAUAAUUGAACAAGAGAUAUCAAGAAACGUUUGUCUAGUUUUGGAAUCCCCGAUCAGCCCUUCAAUAACUUAUGGGCAAUAGAGAGCUUCUUUGAUGAUUUUGGUUGGCUGUGUUUCCAGUUUUCGAUACAAUUCACAAAAGUUUUUACUAUCUUAACAUUUGUAUAAAGUGACACUGCUUCAUGUUUAAUUCGUACUCAAGCCAUGAAAGGUACGACCAAGGAGAUCGUUAACACACUGAAGAGAGUACUAUGCUACCAGUCUGAGACAGCAAGCAGAAAGAAUAAUUGGCCUGAAACCUUCAGUUGGAUUUCUUGAGUAAUUGGAAGCGGGAGGCCAGCCUAGCGAUGUGUUUGAGGCUUUUAUUUUUUAAUCAAAAUGUGUUUGCUGCUUAAUAUACUAAACUGUCAAUGUACCACACAGUUGGAGACAGGGAGGUUACACAUGUAGACUUGCAUAAAUCUGGAAUAGCCUAAAUAGGACUUAGAAACCUGUUUGCACUUCUCUCUGAUUGGAACACUGCUACUCUAUUUUCAUGAUUAUGUUUUCUUUA